UCGAAUCCAUUAGAUUGUAACGAAGAAGAAUCUUUCCUUCUUCGACCAGCGUGGAAGUCAUCCUAGGUAGUUUUGGUAGUUGUUUACCAUUUGCUAGAGAUUAAAUUAAAUUAUUUAAAACAGCGAGUUAGCACACUGUAGUGUCAGAAAUGUGUUAGUCGUGUAGUUGCCGUUUGUUACCACAUAGAACGUGUAAAUAGUGCGUGUGCGUUGUAGCUCUAGCUGCAAAGCUAGCUAGUCUGAUGUCAUUGCAGUUGAGGACUUUUCUCCAAGGCAUCAAUACCAGGACCAAAACAUUUUCAACAUUUGUCGCUUGUCGUGCCAGCAUAAUGUCACAGGACUUAGAGGUUAGAGUCAAAGAGCUGGAGAGCGAGGUAGAGCGAUUGAAAUCUGAGUUGAUGAAAAGAGACGCCACUGAUGCAGCAGUCAGAGUUGAGUUGAAUGGAGGUGAACUCAACGCCACAGCUGACCGAGGGGCGAAUGGUGGAAAUGGUACGAAAAAAGGCAAGAAACGCGGACAGGAUCGUCCCCUUGACUUCAGUGCUUAUCCUCGCCGACACGUCGCUUUGAAGCUUGCUUAUUUGGGUUGGGAUUAUCAGGGGUAUGCGGUUCAGGACAACACAGACAACACCGUAGAGGCAAGGCUAUUUGAAGCCUUCCUGAAGACCAAACUCAUCCAAGACCGCCAGAGCUCCAACUAUCACCGCUGUGGCCGGACCGAUAAAGGAGUCAGCGCUUUCUCACAGGUGGUUUCCAUAGACCUGCGUUCAAACCAGUUUGGGGGUGGCCUGGGAGUGAUCGCUCCCUCCACUGACAGUGUCGGCUGUGAGGAGGAGAAGAAGAAGAGGAAGGAGGAGAUGCCAUACACCAAGAUGCUGAACCGGGUUCUGCCCCAGGACAUCCGGGUCCUGGACUGGGCACCGGUGGAGACAGGCUUCAGCGCCCGCUUCGACUGCCGGUCCAGAACCUACCGCUACUACUUCCCCCGCGGGUCCCUGGACGUGGCUCUGAUGGCCGAGGCUGCCAAACGGUACGAGGGCACCUACGACUUCAGAAACCUGUGCAAGAUGGACGUUGGUAAUGGAGUACUGCAGUUCAAUAGGACCAUCCUCUCAGCCUCCGUCUCCCUCCUCCAGCCCCACCCAGCGGACCCCGUCGACCCCUACGACCUCUGUGUGUUUGAGGUGAAAGGGCUCGCCUUUCUCUACCACCAGGUGCGCUGCAUGAUGGCUGUGCUGCUUCUGAUUGGCCAGAAGCUGGAAAGUCCUGUCAUCAUCAACCAGCUGCUGGAUGUGGAGAAGAACCCCAGGAAGCCCCAGUACAGCAUGGCUCUGGAUUACCCUCUGGUUCUUCACGACUGCCACUUCGAGGGCCUGAGCUGGCAGAGGGAGCCCGAGGAGGUGCGCUUCACCCUCAACACCAUGCACCAGCAGUGGACAAACAACGUCAUCAAGACCCAGGUGCUGCGAGGCAUGAUCCAGGGCCUGGAGCUCUCAGGUGAGACAGAGGCCCCCAUCCCUCUCCAGUGCUGGCUGCUGGAGGGCACCAGGCAGCGGAACUACCGCCCCCUGCUGGAGCGGCCGCGCUGCGAGAGCCUGGAGUCCCGAAUCGACCACUUUGUCAAGCGGGGCCGGCUGGAGCGAGAGGAGGGCGAGAACGGAGAGGAGGCACUUCGCCGCGGCAAGAGGCCGAAACAUGCCGACCCACAAUGAUCAGACGUUGGAUAUUGAGCAUUUUCGACUGAAUUUGUUUCGAGAACACCAGAUGUUCUGUUUGGAAUUGGUAAUCGAAAACAUCCACUGGUCAGGGAAGCCGACAAGGUUGCGGGGCGGGCUUUCAGGCGACUGGCCCCAUCAAAGCUGUCAGCAGCCCUACCACUGGAUACCAUGUGCUGCUGUGAUGUCAAGUGGAGCUUUCUCAUUGUCACUUUGUGUCCUGGUUGCAAAUUGACAGUUGAGAUGUUUCCAAACUGUUUAACGGAAUAGAAUGAAACCUUCGUGUCUAUGGUGACGACACACUGGACGUGUAUCACGCACCAGAAGAAAGGCCAAACUGCCUAUUGACUUUGAAAUAUCCGGCUCUCACUCACUACGUUGUGCAUGUAGGACAUAUUUCAUAACCUAAGACACAACCUACUGUGUAGUCUGUGUACUCACCCCGAAGAAAAGCCAAAUUGCUCAUGAAUUACACAUUGCUCUGUGUGCUUCAGAUGUUAAAGGUAGAGGAUGUA